AUGGAACCGAAACGAGGGCCAACCACUGCGUUGAGCCUCUACGAUGCCUGGAAGAUACAGCUCAAGCUACUCUCGUCUAAGGACCAGGAGCGGUUCACCAUCUUGCAGAGCACAUUAGGAGAGCUGGAGCCACCCCAUUCAUAUUUCGACUGCAUCGUCUCUCCGGCCAAUUCGUACGGUCUCAUGGAUGGAGGAUUCGACCUCUAUCUGUCUCAAGCCUUGUCACCGAAGGGUGAUGUCAUGGCUCUCACAAGGUGUGCUCAGGCCGCCAUUAAGGAGCGGUACUACGGUUUUGCUCCUCCGGGCACCUGCACCCUAGUGCAGUUGCCCGAGUUGCUCCGGCAGAACCCACAAUAUCCCCGAUGUCGAGUCCUCGCGGUCUCUCCAACCAUGCGGUACCCAAUCGACGUGCACUGGCACAAAGACCUGGUAUACAACACGAUGUGGAGUCUUCUCACAGAACUGGAACAUUGGAAUGAGCAUGCGGCGGAGGUGGACCGCAUAGAGAGCGUGGCCAUGACCGGCCUAGCUACAGGCGUAGGUGGCAUCGACAAGGAGCUGUGUGCAUGUCAGAUGGUGCUUGCGAUCAAACAUUUCCUGGACACGCGAAGUGAAGAAGGUCAAAAACGGUGGGCGCAGGAGGAAUUUCCGCAAUGGAGAGACGUUCUGCCGAUUGCAGAAGAAGUUGUUCCAGAAGGGAAAUAA